AUGUGCGACGAGGAUGCCGUGUUCCAGAUUGGUGGAAAGUGCUGGAGGAGACUGACAUCGAGCACCAUGAGUGGUGAACGAGUGCAGAGUCGUCGUCAGCUUUCAACCCCUGAUUAUCUUCAUCGGAGCUUGGCAAGCUCUUAUGCAGAGGCAACAACGUCGCACAAGAUGGGAGAAACGCUGGAUGACGGGCACUCGCUUGGCCGGAAGCUGGAGCGCGACCGACAAGAGUCGGUGAUGGCGCAAUGGCCGGCCAAGUCACUUGAGAAGCGGCGGUGGAGCGUCAUUUGCGGCUAA